GGGGAAAAAGAGAAGAAGAAGCAGAAGAAAUGAAGUCAAUUCAAAAAAAUUAAGGUUAAUAAUGGAAUAUUGGCUUCAAUCCGCACUUCACUGAUAGCUGACAUGACUUUGGAAACCAAAUGCCCACUUCAAUAAUGUGGAAUGAUAAUUUGAAAAUAUGAAAGUUUAAGGAACCAAUAUGUAAAGAUCCCAAAUGUGCAGCAGCUGGGAACCUGAUUUCUCACGUUUAAAUGUUCGAACUGAGGGGAAAACCCGCCUAAUUCUACUAACAACCCAGCCCACAAUAACACCAUGAACAAAAAACCUCCAUCCUUCAACGCCUCAAACUCCAAACCCGACCCAAUAACCAACCUCUUCACCCAAAACCGGAUCCAAGAAGCCUUCUCUCUCUGCCUCCGAACCCGUUCGCUCUCCUCCGCCCACAAACUCCGGUCACUCAUCUCCACCCUCCCUCACUCCAUCACCCUCACCAACCGCCUCAUCGACCUCUACUCCAAAUGUGGGUCCCCCUCACACGCCCGAAACAUGUUUGAUGAAAUGCCAACCCGGGACCUCUGCUCCUAUAACACCCUCAUCAAAGCCUAUUCCUCCGCCUCCGACCUCAAUCAAGCUCGAAAGCUCUUCGACUCGAUGCCAACUAAAGACCACUUUUCAUGGUCCUCUAUUAUCUCAGCUUAUGAUCGUAAUGGUCAUCCUCUCGAUGCGAUGGAGUUGUAUCGAGAGUAUCAGAGUGAAAAUGUUGCUGAUAAGAAUAAUAAGUUUGUGAUGUCGGCAGCUUUGACUGCUGCGGCGAGAAUUGGGUCAUUGAGAUUGGGGAAGGAGAUGCAUGGUCAAGUUGUGAGAUGUGGGGUUGAAUUGGAUAAGGUGGCUUUGAGUGCGAUCGUGGAUAUGUAUGCAAAAUGUGGGAAAAUUGAUAAUGCUAGAUAUGUAUUUGAUGAAAUGACUGAGAGAGAUGUGGUUUCUUGGACUGCGAUGAUUGGGAGGUAUUUUGAUGCAAAGAGGAAGAAUGAAGGGUUGGGAUUGUUUUGUGAGAUGUUGAGGACUGGGAUUGAACCAAAUGAUUUUACUUUUGCUGGGGUUUUGGAUGUUUGUGGAGAGAUUGCUGCCGAAGGACUGGGAAAAGAGAUACAUGGGCAUAUGAUAAGAGUUGGGUUUGAUUCAGGAUCGUUUGCUACUGCUGCUCUUGUUGAUAUGUACUCAAAAUGUGGGAAUGUUGAGAAAGCGAGGGUGUUUUUUGAAAGGCUAUCGAAUCCGGAUGUAGUUUCUUGGACUUCAUUGAUUUCUGGGUACGCACAAAAUGGGCAACCUGAUAAAGCUCUAGAAAGUUUUGAUCGACUUGUUAAAACUGGAUUGAAACCUGAUCACAUUACUUUUGUUGGAGUUCUAUCAGCUUGUGCACAUGCUGGAUUGGUUGAUCGAGGAGUUGGAAUAUUUCAUUCGAUUCCUAAAGAGUUUGGAGUUAUGCACACUGCUGAUCACUAUGCCUGUGUUGUUGACCUUUUGAGUCGGUCUGGGCGGUUUCAAGAAGCAGAGGAGAUUAUUAAUAAGAUGCCAAUGAAACCCGACAAGUUCUUGUGGGCUUCUUUGCUUGGUGGUUGUAGAAUUCAUAAGAACCUUCCCCUUGCAAAGAGAGCAGCUGAGGCAUUAUUCAAGCUUGAGCCAGAGAAUGCAGCAACAUAUGUUACUUUGGCAAAUAUUUAUGCUUCAAAUGGUAAUUGGAAUGAGGUGGAGAUGAUUAGAAAGAGAAUGGAUAAGGUAGGAGUAGUGAAAAAGCCAGGAGCGAGUUGGAUUGAGAUCAAGAGGAGGGUUCACGAGUUCUUGGUGGGAGAUUAUUCUCAUCCAAGAAUCAAGGAGAUUAUUUCAGAAUUAGAGAGACUUUAUAAAAGGAUGAAGGAAUUAGGGUAUGUUCCUGAUACAAAUUUCGUGUUACAUGAUGUGGAAGAGGAGCAAAAGGAGUCGAAUCUUACUUAUCAUAGUGAAAGGCUUGCAGUGGCUUUUGGAAUCAUUGCAACUCCAAAGGGGACUCCUCUCAAGGUCUUCAAGAAUCUCAGAAUUUGUGGAGAUUGCCACACCGCAAUCAAGUUCUUUUCUCGCAUUUCUGAGAGAGUAAUUGUGGUUAGAGAUUCGAGCAGAUUUCAUCAUUUUAAGGAUGGAGUGUGUUCGUGUGGAGAUUAUUGGUAGUAGUCUAGUCACUCAAGAUUGCUCUGAUCGAAUUGUCACUCAGAUGUUAUAGAAAUCAGGUGCCAUCUCAUAAGGAUUAUAUAUUAACUCCUUAUAUAUAUAUGAAACUUUGUGACUGUCAGAUUGUUGAAACAGAUCGACUACAACAACUGAAACAUUUUCGGAUCCUUGUGAUUUGGCUGCUUAAGCCUUCAGCAAUAAACUUUCGAGUUCAGUAAAGGCAAAGGGAGAGAAAAUCAGUACUUUAGCAGUAACCCAACUCCAAGUUAUUUUGGGCUGGAAGUUGAAUUCACUAUGUGUCGGGAAUACAAGUACCCUUCUUCGAGCUCUUGGCAGGAGGCAAGUAAGGCAAGCAGACAGAUUUAGCUGGGCUGCUACUCAUGGUGUAGAUGAGGAGGAGCUACUUGAGAACUUGUCAGAAGAUCUUCAGAGAGAGAUACGGAGUCAUAUCUUCAAUUUUCUUAAAAAAGUGAGUCUACAAUAUAAGAUUUCGUCCUUUUUUAAAAGGAAAAUAGCAGAAGUGUGUUCUUGUUUGCUGUUUUCUUUAUAGUUUAUGCUAUUAAUGCUCUACUAUCCAAGAUUGAAUGCUGCACUUGCAAAGGCAAUAUUGUUAAAGUAACAUUAUUUCACACAAUUAGAAGGUUACUCUUAAACCAUAAGAAACAAAGAUGAGUAUGUCGAAAUCAUCUUUGAGAUAAAACCAGAAACAUAGCUCUAUAUUUGUGUGCAUGGAUUAGUUUAACUAGAAGUCAAGUGCUGCCUAGGAUAUUAUUGCCAAUUUUACAAUGAUGAAACAAUAUAUAUCUGAGCUAGUUUGCUUCAAGUUCCUUGAAAUGCCCGACUGUUUCCUUCCAAGACAAUGGGCACAGUGAUGGCUACAAGAUUAAAUAAUGGACUGGUGUUCUUAUGAAGGCUUUUGUCUCUGUCACAGUUAUAAGUAAAUAGGACGUCAAGUACCAAAAGGCAAGUUUACUUUGCAUUUUUGCAAUCACCUUCGGACAUGUUUGAUUUUUAUCUUUUACACGUUACGCAGCUCCUUGUGUUUACAUUGGAUUAACCCAUCACUGAUGCUAUUAUUGAAAAAUUAAGGCCACGGUUCUACAUAAGUGGAAGUGACUUCCUUUACCAAGGUGGUCCUAUUGAAAAAAUAGCCUUUAUAGUGAGGGGUAAAGUGGAAAUCAUUGGAGCAGAUGGACAUACAGAUACAGAUGGACAUACAGAUCCUCUGUCAGAGGGAGAUGUUUGUGGUGAAGAGCUUCUAAUGUGGUAUCUUGAACAUUCUUUCAGUGCAUAAAGGUAAUCUUAUUGAAUUUUUCUGUAAGCCUGCUUAUAUGUUAAUACUCAUUAACGUGGUCACUGGUCAAGCUGUCUGUAUGCCUUGUCUAUUGUUAUAUUUGAGUAGUAAAGAGAACAAAAAGAGUAAGCAAGCAUCUAUUGGAAUUUGAUAUCAGAUUAAUGAAUGGGCAUGUUAUCCACUUGGAGUUCACGUAGUUAUAUACUAAAAAACCUAACAUGGUGUAACAAAAAGUUAAUUGUUUGCUAUUUUGUGCAUGACACAAAAUAUUGUUGGAAGUUCAAUUGAUAUGUAUCAUUAAUUUACUAUUGACGAUAACAUAUUUUUCUUAAAUGUUUAUCUUAUGCUUUCGUCAAAUUUCUGAAAGAAAUUGCUAAGUAAUUCUCACCUAUGCUACUUGUUUGCAUAUUUCUUUAUGCAGAUGUCGCGACAAUUAGGUUCCCUGGAAACCACUUAUUUUCUACAAGGACAAUAAAAUGUUUAACUAAUAUCGAGGCCUUUGUGCUCCAAGUUGCUGACUUCGAGGAAGUCGCCAUAUUAUUUACAAGAUUCCUACGCAACCCUCGUGUUCUGGGAGCAAUGAGGCGUUCGAUCUGGAUAUGUGUUAAGAGUGCAAAGUUUGGCUUUCAGCUAUCUCCAUCAUUUUGGAAUUUUGAUGAAGGGGCAGAGAUUUUAAUCUAUUAUAUUACUAUCAAUGUGAAUCACCAAACUGGGAAAAUAUGGAUGACAUGCUCAUUCAGGUUGACGGAGGCCACUAAAGUGAACUGAGAGCUCCAAAGUUCGAUCAGUUCAUCAAACUUCGCGUGCUUCUGGGUAGUAAGGAGAUGACCGACCUGUAGAUGUGUAAACUUUGUCCUUUCUUGCAUGUUCUUAUUCUUAUUAUGUGUGUGUAUAUUCUUUCUUAUAAUUAAUCUAGAUGGAUGACACAUU